AUGGAGACAAACGGCCAAGUAAAUGGGCUUAAAUCUAAUAAGAAAGACAAUGGUGACGGCAAGGAUAAUUUAUGGUCUGCGAUUUUAGAAGAAGUACAGAACCAAGGGAACACAAAAUUACCAUCAAAUAAGAAUGUACUAGUGCUCGGUGAUAAUGAAACGGGUAAAACAACACUCAUAGCUAAAUUACAAGGAGUGGAGGAUCCCAAGAAGGGGUCGGCUCUCGAAUAUGCAUAUAUAGAUGUAAGAGAUGAAUAUAGAGAUGACCACACAAGACUCAGUGUAUGGGUAUUAGAUGGUGACCCAGGGCACAAAAAUUUGCUCAAAUUUGCACUUAAUGAAGAGACAUUCCCGCACACACUAGUUAUCUUUACGGUGGCUAUGACCACACCCUGGGGUAUACUAGAUCAGCUUCAGACCUGGGCCGAGGCUUUGGGUGACCACAUACAAAAUCUGAAGCUCACACCUGAACAACAGCUCCAAAGCAAAAAGCAGCAGGUGCAGAAGUGGGUGCGGUACACAGAGCCCGGUGACGAGAUGGAGCAGAGCGCGUCCUCUCCCAUGAAGCGGUCCUCGCGCAAUCUAUCCGACGAGCUGGACAGCGACGACGAGGACAACAUCCUCCCGGAGAAAGUGCUCUACACGAACCUGGGUCUCGACAUCGUCGUUGUGGUUACCAAGACUGACUACAUGAGCACGCUGGAGAAGGAGCACGACUACCGCGACGAGCACUUCGACUUCAUGCAGCAGUGGAUCCGGCGUUUCUGCCUGCAGUACGGCGCGGCGCUGUUCUACUCCAGCGCCAAGGAGGACAAGAACUGCGACCUGCUCUACAAGUACCUCACGCACCGGAUAUAUGGCCUGCCUUUCCGGACGCCGGCGCUUAUUGUUGAAAAGGACGCGGUCUUAAUACCCGCGGGCUGGGAUAGUAUGAAGAAAAUUAGCAUAUUACACGAAAACUUGCAGACGUGCAAACCAGACGACUAUUACAGAGAUGUUAUCGUCCAACCCGCGACACGAAAGAGCGGUGGCCAUAGAGAAGCAGAGAUAACAUCCGAGGACGAACAGACGUUCCUGCAACGGCAGCAGACAGCGUUGCUCGCGGGAGCAGCCGCACCUCGUGCCGAUUCACCGCUGCGUACUGCUCAACGGACGGCGGCGCAGUUGGACGGUACAAAAAUCGGAAUGGGCGGUGGCACGCCGGGCAACGAGGGCGUGCGCACGCGCCGAUGUGUCGCCCGCCGCGGUGUCAGCUGCGGCGCGCUCGGAUGCGGCGGCAGAGCUCGACCGACUCACGCGCAACAAAAGGCCGCCGCCCACGGUCGACCUGAACUCGUCCGAGUGCUAGCUACACAUAGGUACAGUGCGGCAAGUGUACUCAACGAACCACGGGUCGCGGGUUUAAGUCUCGCCGGCUUCACCGCCUCGCUCUCACCACACGAGAUUCUUUCGCUUCACUACAACUCGAUACGGGCAACAUGGCGGCUAGAUACUACUAUUUUCCAUACUUCCAACAUCGAUACACCAAUGGUAACAAUAGAUUUCACCAUUUAA